AUGUACAACUUUGUUAAAGAAGAAGCACUUCCAUCUUCGAACCAGGACUCUCCAUACUAUUCUAAUUUGCCAUCACCUGGAUCUAAACCGAUAGACAGUCUUAUAUUUUACUUCAAAUGCUGGAAAAAGUUUAUUAAAUCGUUGAUUUACUAUUUGAAGGAAGUCGCGCUUGUCAAGGAGUUCACCUCCAAGAUCAACCUUCAGCUUAUCAACUCGGUGUUGUUCCCAGGAGCCAUGAACUUACCCUUGAAGUAUAUGACCGAAGUAUCCUCAUCCAUAUCGACACCUCCGAAAGAAGUUAAAAAGACAUUGUCCGGGAACUCGCUAGUGUCGAUGGGACAAGGUAACCACUCGUCCUCAGACUUGACUCCCAAUCAAUCUAGACCACACCUCUUCAAGACCAAAUCAAACCAAUCUUUCUUGAAGCCCAAGAGCCACCUUCAGCUGACCCACAGCACAACUUGGAGUUCCGGAACAUCCCCCCAGAAGGAUGGUGGAGCAAUUACUCCUGUAUCCACGAACUCAAGCACCGCUAACAAUAACGGACACCACAAGAACUUAUCACUUGGUUCUUUGACUUCGUUUAGUGGUGAAAGAAAGGACAAACAGCUGUACAACGCCAAUGGCUCUUCGGGAAAUCCCUCUGCACACUCUCACGCUACCGAUGAAGUACAACAACCUAGGGGAAAGCUUUAUGACAACGAUAUCCAAGUGCCCAAAAACUUCUUCAACCCUGAAACUUCACUUUUCCCAAACCUCCCUAACCUUCUUGUCGAUGACCAUUUCCAUGCGUACCAAGGAGAAUUGAAGACAUUCAAAGAAAUAAACUCCAAAUUGGUCGGUAGAUUAGAGAGUUUGCUAAAGAACUUGACAAUUAAAAUCAAAGAAAUUAAAUCCUCACUUAGAAAUGAUAGCUUUGCCAAUCAAAACUUGGUUAAGGAGAUAAGUGACACAGGUAGAAUCUUAAAUAAUUACAUGACGUCGGUGGAAAGGUAUAGCAGAGCUGAUAAACCGGUUUUAAAGAGGAUCGUCACUGAAGAUGGUAACGAUGAUGAAGAGGAAAUGGGUGUCUUGGAUGACCCCUUCCUCUUGAAGUUGCGAGUCGAUUAUCAAUUGAAGACUCAACUAGUGCAAGAAAAUUAUGGAUUUGCCGCUUAUUUGAAUUUACAAAACAUUGCCAGGGAUCUUUCGAACUAUAUAUUGAAGGAUUUGAAGAUUAUAACUAAUAAGUUUGGGAAAUUAAUCGAUCAGGAGUCUUGCUACAAUGACCAAUCUGUCAGUGCAUUGUACAAUCAGCUAGUGAAGGUGACAUCAGGUUCAAAACCUGAAGAUGAAUGGAAUUACUUUAUUGCUCACAACGCUAAUUUCAUCAAUACCCAACCUAAUAUACCUGGUGCUUCCAAUCCAUAUAGACAUGCUAGAUCCUUUAAUAGCUUGGUAAUCCCAUAUUCCAAUUCUGUUCACAACAAAUGCAUAAGAAAUGGAAUGAUCUACAAAAAGCUGAAGAUCUUGAAAAAUUAUAACGCAUUUUACUAUAUUUUGACCUGCAACUAUUUGCAUGAGUAUAAGGUUCCAGAUUCGUCUGGUGGCGAUGGAACUAAGAAGGAUGGCAAGAGUGAAAAGAAGAAACAUGAAGCAAAGAAUAAAAUUGGUGGACUUAUUGGACCAUUCGAUGUUCCUGAGAAAUCAUAUAAUUUGAAUGAUUAUAUUUUGAAGAUCAAAAAUGAUGAUAAAUUUAUAUUGCAGCUGAUCUCCAAUAAGUCUAAAAAGUUUAUCUUCAAAUGUUCAUGUGAACAAGAAUUUAACAAUUGGUGGACUGAUUUACUGGAAGUAUUGAAAUUUGGCCCUAGACACUUAGAACGUUUUGAAUUUGUUGAGUCGAAGAUAUUGAAGGUAAAACAAUCCAGAACAACAACUAAGUCAGGAACAAGAAGUGGCACAAAUUCUGGAGUUGGAUCCGUCAAUGUAUCUCCAGUUGUUACGCCACCAGCUAAAAUGACUCUAAACUUGGGAGGUCUCAACAAUAAUACCGCAUUGAAUGCGAUGUACACUCCGUGUAUUGUUACGCCACAGCCGUUAGAUUCUCAUGGGCGUAAGAUUGAGGAAAAGAACCCAUUUGAAACUACCUUCUUUGAAGAUGGUAGUCAUAGUGCAACUGUACCUACCACUCCAGAUGGUGUAGCUAGUUUAAAUAACUCACAGAAGUCGCACUACUCACCUGCAAAUUCACCUUUACAAAGUCCAACUAUCAAUACUUCAUAUAUUCUUGGCGGUGCUAUGUCGCCUAAUGGAAGUAGUGGAAGCAGCUCUGGAGCUGCAGGUGUUCCCGUGGCAGAUAACCAAGCAAGUGGAGUCAUUGCAGCCCACGAGAAUUACCUUCAAAUUCAACAACAAUAUUUAAGGCAACAGCAAGACUUACUUAACGAGAGGAUCAAGGCUAAUGAAGAAGAACAACAACAUAUUCCAGAAUUGCAUAGAGCAUCGUCUUCGAGUUCAUUAAAUUCAAUUAUGCCACCACAGUCAAACAUCAACACCUUGUUGAACAACUUUCAACUCCCAAAGCCAGAAAGAAAUGAAUUACAAAGAAAUGAAUUACAACCAACGGAAAGUGCUAGUUCGAUUCCAACUGUUUUUGUCAGUUCUGACCACUAG